UUUACUUGAAAUUCAACAUUCAAACUUGUUUUGCUGUUGUAGAAUUUUGCAAUGACUCUGUACUUUACUAAGGCUGUCUUUUGAGGAGUGCUUUUCUUGUAUGAGUCCAGUAACAUACUUUUUGUUUCCUGUUGCUACAGGUCACCUAUUUUUUUCUUUGUUUACCAUCAGAUAUCAAAGUACUUUGAAGAGUGGGGGAAAAAAACCUAAAGGAAUGAGACUGCUAGUUGUCUGCCUUCUGCUGCUGGCCUUUAUACCUGAGACUAAAUGCCGAAUCCUUGAACGAUUCAUGGAGAUCAGGAAUCCUGAUAUUGAUCCUUCCUGGUACACGGGGCGAGGGAUCCGGCCUGUGGGGCGGUUUGGCAGACGAAGAGCAGCUGCAGAAAAUGCCCAGAAGUCUGACAACAGACACCUGCAUGCUUGUUUCCCUGUAGAAGAAAGCAGUGAAUUUCUGCAAGAUGAAUGAAGCUACAUAAAUGUUUUAAUACGACGGUGACCAAAAAUAUAAUGCACAUGUGCACAGACAUAAUCCAUCUUCAUCUUCUAUCCUUUCUAAACCUUAA